AUGUCCGAAUUCCUCGCGCUGCCACCACACUUGCCCUCCACACCUCUCCUCGCUCGCCACAUUCAAAAUUUCUCAGAAGCGGCCAGCCUGCAACCUCACUGGGGUUAUGCGGCUAGAGCCCUGCCAUGCACAAACGAUGCCGGAUCCUGCGCUUACCUCGACACCGUCUACCGCUCCCAUGAUCUGGGCAUGCUCUACGUCGGCAUCUUUUGGGCUCUGCUUGUAGCUGUCCUCCUGCUCUACACCAUUGCCCACCGCUGCACCAUCACUGUGACUUCCACAUCUCGAGGCGGUGGUCGCGAUGGCGCUGCAGCUUCAUCGCUCCAGCGAGCUGCAAGCGCAGCGCGCACAUGGACCAGGAGCAAGCUGAUGCCAGACAUUCAAAUCGCCUCGUUUCGAGCCACGCGUCAGCAAGUGCUCGUCUUUGCCAUUCUCUUGGGCUACGUCACCGUCUUUACCUUUGUCGGCAUCGUCUACCAAAAAUGGGUCACGCCCGUCAAGAAGAUGCCCGGCGUGUACAACACCAGGACCGGUCUAGGUCCAUGGUCAGACAGGAUAGGCGUCUGGGCAUACGCCCUCACCCCCCUCUCCAUCCUCCUAUCCACGCGAGAGAGUCUGCUAUCCCUGCUCACCGGCAUACCCUACCACCACUUUAACUUUAUGCACCGAUGGCUCGGCUGGAUCAUCCUCAUUCAGAGCUUGCUCCACACCAUCGGUUGGUCCAUCGUUCAAGGCCGCCUGUACCAACCUCAACCCAGCGUAGGAGCUGCUUGGAUCAAGGAAACGUACAUGGUGUGGGGAGUCGUAGCCAUGAUCCUGCUCACCAUCCUCUUUCUGCUGAGCCUGCCCGUCGUCAUUCGAAGGACGGGCCACGAAUUCUUUCGAAAAGCUCACUACAUCCUCGCCAUGCUCUACAUUGGCGCUUGCUGGGGUCACUGGGACAAGUUGAAAUGCUUCCUCUUGCCAUCUCUCCUCAUCUGGGGCCUCGACAGAGGCGCAAGACUUGUUCGCACAUUCUUGCUCCACCACGACUACAUUUGCGCAGCGCACACCACUGCUCUCGCUCCCAUCCAAGCCGACGUCACCUUUUUCGACUCUGACGAGGAUGUGCCGGUGGUGAGGCUUGACUUGACGCAUCAACAAGCACGCAACGCGCCCGGCGAUCACUACUUUCUCACAUUCUCCAGUCACGGCAGCAUCUGGCAGUCGCAUCCCUUCACCUCUUUCGUUCCGGCAGCUGCUGCGAGCCAUGCCAAAAGUCAUCAGGAGGCUGCCACCCACUCAUUCAUCAUGCGCGCAAAGGGCGGAGAGACGCGCAAGGUGGCAAAAGCGCUGCUCAAAGAGCACAGCAGCAAGACGUCGUUGCUGCUCACCGGCCCUUACGGCAACGACAUUACGAGCGACUUGGAUGCUGCUCACAAUGCACUCUGCCUCGCUGGAGGCACAGGCAUCACUUUUGUGCUGCCCGUGCUGAGGGAACGCGUUCGGCGAGCCAAGGAAGCGCGAUUGCUGCUCGCUGCGUCCGACAAGGCGUCGUUGGAGGAUUGCAGAGUGGUGCGCACCGGCACCACCUCUCUCGUGUGGCUUGUCAGGCAUCAGCGGGAUGCCGCAUGGGCGGAAGCAGAGCUCGCUGAGCUGAGGCAAAGCAAAAUGGUCGAGGUGAAAAUCAUAUCGACCAGAGACGGUCACGAGGCACGUGGCGAGAAACGCACUUGCGAAAUCGACGACUCGAGCAAGGAUUCCACUUCGGACAGGAGCAGUCCUCAAUUGCCGGUGCAGUCGCUCGAGAAAGAUGUGCCUGCCCACAACGAAAGUCCGCACACUGCCUCGUCGAGACCUAGCAUCGACGCCUUGGUAGAGUCUUUCUUGAGCACAACGAGCAACGCGCCUAGCGUCGUCUACACCAGCGGUCCUGGCGACUUGAUGCGGAGUGUGAGACGUGCAGUCGCCACGGCCAACAAUGCUCGGCUUGCGUGGCGAGGUGAGGAGAGCAGGAACAUCAAAUUGAUCUACGAUGAGAGGCUCGAGUAA